UCAAAUGCCUCUCAAAGAAGAUGGAACAGAAGCCAAAAAAGUGAAUAUAUAUCAAGUAUCUAAUAAUACUUGUUCUAAAGAGACUAUUAAAGAAAUGGCUCAGUAUAUUAUGAAAGAUAAACUUAGUAAAAAAGAUAUAAAAGCAAUAUCUAGAAACUUAGUUAAAACUGUUUUUAAUUCUGUUGUUGCUUUAUUCUGUCUUUUUAGGCUUCGAAGAGAAUUGUAA